ACUCGCGCGACUUGCAACAGACUAUAAAACGUCCGGUUUUGCGCGGAUCUCUCAUAUUUUUCCGUGAAAGUUUAUAUUAUUUUGUGUACGUUCGUGUACUUAGAAAUCUUAAUUUGUGCUACAGCAGUGCAAUACAAAAGCUUUAAAACUUGUGAUAAGUCUUAGAAUCAUAUCUCCGCGAGAAUAUGAUUAAAAUCUUUUGACAUUCGAAAUAAUUGUAUUAUUUCACUUAGACUGCAUUCUGUCUUAUACUUAUUCAUUAUCUGUAUAUAAAUAUGUUUUCCAUACUCGCCGAUUACACGAAGAUGAUUGAAAAUAUUAUAGUGGAUUACAUCGACGUAGACUUUACUCUUUGGCUGUCAUGGUUAUUGAUGCCGCUCCUAGUCACAUUUCUACUUCCCCUGGUCAUAGUUGUACUUUUUUACAUUACUGCAUUGAUUUUAUAUAUCUACAGAUUGCACAGAGCUAAUCUAAGACGAGCUUAUGGAACGGACUGGAAAAAUGCAGCACGAAGUUUGGUCGCUGCAGUUUGGGAUGCUCACGGCUGGAUAUUUCAUGGUUACGAAAUUUCGGGACUGGAAAACAUUCCCCAAGACCAGGCAGUUCUUUUCGUCUACUAUCAUGGCGCAAUUCCCAUAGAUGUUUAUUACUUCAUAUCAAAAGUCUUUCUCACCACCAACAAACUAGUACACACCGUAGUUGAUCGGUUUCUCUUCAAAAUUCCUGGAUGGGCUAUCAUAUCCAAUGUGCUCAAAACUAUUCCUGGCACGGUGCAGACCUGUUCCGUCAUAUUGAAAGAGGGCAAUUUCCUUGCCAUUUCACCAGGUGGUGUAUACGAAGCGCAAUUUGGGGAUUGUUACUACAGACUCAUGUGGAAAAAGAGAUUGGGCUUUGCUAAAGUAGCCCAGGAUGCCAAAGUGUGCAUAAUUCCAAUAUUCACAAAAAAUUUGAGAGAAGCGUUCAGAACAGUAAGUUGGGGAAGAAGAAUAUGGCUGAGACUGUACGCAGUCACAAGAUUUCCUCUUGUCCCCAUAUACGGAGGUUUUCCAGUGAAACUCAAAACUUACGUGGGCAAGCCAAUACCAUACGACGGUGCUCUUACCCCUGAGCAAUUGCAAAAAAAGGUAGCUUCAGCCUUGGAAGAUCUAAUAAAAGAGCAUCAGACAAUACCUGGAAGCAUAACUCGGGCUCUGUUCGAGCGAAUUUACGAUCCAGACAACUCGAAACGUGUUUAGUUCCAAUUAUUUAUUCGAUUGUGGAGAUUAGACAGCAAAAGGAAUCCACAAGAUACUCGAAUACUGAAAAAUAGCUAUUUUUCGUUCGACUGCCCGUGCUUCUGAAAUCAUAUUCCAGUUCAUGACACAAUCAGUGUGAAUAUUCAUUCAUGGUACGUUAUUAUUGAGAGUUCAUAUGCUCCCGAAAGGUGACUAAAGUCAAAGAUUGCGAUUGUACUUGGGAAUUUCCUUUUGCUUCAUUUUGUUUAUUAAUGUAGUACGAAUGAAAAGUGAACAUUCCUUGGUAGAAAAUGUGAAAUAUUCAUGGUUUGCCGAGGGCACAGUUACAAACUAUUCAUACAUUCCAACGGGGCUUGUUUUUAUACGGGGGUUGAAAAGGCCUUUUUUCGAGAUUAUGUUACUUAUUUAUGUGGUUAUAUAUUUAUUUAUACGAACGUUUGUACCUGGGGGAAGAAUGACGAAUUUUGUGGGUAAAUGUUAUUUUUUUAAAUAUUUUUAUUUAUUAUUAUUUAUCGAUAAUCAAAUGACCUCCGUGAGGAACGCACUUUGUUCAAAAGAUCGAGUUUGCAGUUAUUCUGCUGAGUCCCGACUCGUUAGAUAUUAAAAGUUAUAAAAAAAUCAUAAAAAUCACCAGGAAUUACUCGAUUUUAUUCCACUCCAAUAUGUAUCUUUCAGUAUCGAAAUGUAUCUUCAUUUUUUUUCGUAUGCAUUGUGUAAAAAAAUGUCAGCAAUGAAUCCAGUACUUAGAACUAAUUGUUUUUAUACCCAUGUUUUUAGAGGAAAUAAAGAUCUGUUGUUUCGAAAA